AUGGGCAAUAAACACUCGAGGAAAGAUCGGCAUAGCGCCCCGGACGCGCGGCAGCGACGUUCUUUUUGGCGACAGCGCGGCCGAUUGUCGGCUCCCUGUGAUCGGACGCUUGAAUCUCCCGAUAUUGUCCAGCCUCGUCUACCUACGAUCUCAACACGACCAAGACAUCAACUCACUAACUCAUGCCCAGCGGGCUAUCAAAUACCCCUGCAUAUUCGAGUAACAAAUCUUCGCCAGAACGAGGUACUCGCGUUCCCUCUGGUACUGAUAGAGGGGACAAUCGAACACGUCGGGGAUGCGAAUCUCCCUGACAGUGCAUUGUACGUCCAAGCUGUUACGCAUGAUGUCGAGAAAGAAGACGAGCUGAAAAACUCAUGGGUAGGGAGUGUGUGCUGGCCUGUGGUCCGGGAAUCGGGACACUUCAAGGCGUUCGUGCAUAUUUCUCACCCUGGUAAAUUCAAUAUUCACCUUCGUAUCGCCAAUGCAACGUAUCAGCUACGCGUUCGAUUUGAACCACAGAAGACCAAAUGGAUCGUGCGUUUCCACUAUCAAAAACCCAGCGACAGCUACCAAGGCUUCGAUGCACCAAGUGGGGUCGACAACUCCGAUAGUGAUGCUUGCCAACGACUAAAGUUCAAUGCGAUGGUGCUACAAUCGACAAUUGCCGAGUUAUUUCACCGCGCUGGGUUCGCUCGCAAGACAUUCGCCGUGGAACUUGAUGCUGAUGGUUUCCCAGUUGUCAAUGUGCUACACUCGAAUCACACUAUUAGUCAAGCCCGACGAAUGACAGAUUCGCAGCUUUUAACACAUUUAACCGAAGACAUCCAAGCAGCUGAAGCACAGAAUCUAAAGGGGUACAGCAAGCCAUCUACGGCAUCUCGCGUCAAACACGUCGUGCUGUUAGGAGGCCCCAUUUUGACCCGCGGGUGCACAAAGUAUCCAACUACAGAGAACUUUCUCAAUGAACUCACCUCUUGCUGCUUUAAUUGCGCCUCGAUCGCUCCAGAAUUGAUCAUGGAUCAGUGCUCAGUGCAACAGACUUACUGGGCCAGCUACAGUGGAGCUCUCAGCAUUUUACUGCAUCUGCUGAGUCUCUCCUUUGGACUGAAAUACCGUUCAGACGGAGUUAUGCGCAAAAGUUUCCGGCAAACCACGCGUUUGCUUGUCGUAAUGGAACCUCGGUCAGGGAAGAAACAGCUAGUUGCUGUGGGCCGUCCAGUUGGAGAUGGAAGGUUUUACAAACUUGAGAGUCAGGCCCUUAAACCUGUAGGGGCUACUUUAGAAGGCAUUUAUCUGGAUGAACUAUCUAUUGGCGAGCUGGCUAUUCACUGUCGGUGGAUCAAUCCUAAACUCGUAAAGUAUGUAGUAACGACAAACUCGGCCACUGCAGCGUAA